CGUUCGGCGCUUUAGUCGUUUAUCAGACAUUGCCCGGACGCUUCCCCGCCACCUCCGCCGCCUUCGAUCAUUAAACCCGCGCCGUCGACGGGGACGUCCCUCCUCGUGUGCUAUGACAGCCGGCCGGUCGAAUCGCGUCUAACACAAAUAAUUCAAUAAUAUUAUCAUCAUUCAAUCGUCCGACUCGCGUCGUGUCGGGCAGUAAUCCGCUGCUGUCGUCCGGCUGUUCGGUUGAUCACCCUCUUUCGCUAAUCGUAAUAUAAUAUUUCCGAUUUUCGUCCGCCGCCGUCGGCGACCCUCCGUCCGGACGUUUUCGAUUUUCCUUUUCCAUAUCCUCUAACGGCGAUCAUGGCCGUCAACGGUACAGACGUCAACAAGGUGACCGUCGUUCUGGGCGCCCAAUGGGGCGAUGAGGGCAAGGGCAAGGUGGUCGAUAUGUUGGCCACCGACGCGGACCUCGUGUGCAGGUGUCAGGGAGGAAACAAUGCAGGCCACACUGUUGUUGUGGAUAAUAAGGAAUUUGAUUUUCACUUAUUGCCUAGUGGAAUUAUAAAUCCUAAUUGCAAAUCUGUAAUUGGUAAUGGAGUUGUUAUCCAUCUACCUGGAUUAUUCGAAGAGUGCAGUAAAAAUGAAAAGAAAGGGCUUUUGGACUGGAAGAAACGAUUGUUGAUUUCUGAUCGUGCUCAUCUUGUGUUUGAUUUCCAUCAACAAGUGGAUGGUCUCCAAGAAAUGGAAAAGGGUAAAAAGUCGUUGGGAACAACAAAAAAAGGUAUUGGGCCAACUUAUGCUUCUAAGGCAACUAGAAAUGGUCUAAGAUUGGCAGAUUUACUUGGAGAUUUCAACAUGUUUAAAGAGAAGUUUUACAACUUGGUCGAUAUACAUAAACGAAUGUUUCCAUUAUUGGAAGUGGACACAGAAGAAGAAUUAAAAAAAUAUGAAUAUUAUGCUAAUGAAUUAAGACCAUUAGUAGUGGAAACUGUUGGAUAUUUGCAUACCGCAUUAAAAGAAGGAAAGCGAAUUUUGGUGGAAGGUGCUAAUGCAGCAAUGUUAGAUAUUGAUUUUGGUACAUACCCAUAUGUAACAUCAUCAAAUUGUAGUAUUGGUGGUGUUUGCACUGGUCUUGGUUUACCUCCAUCAAGAAUUGGCGAUGUUAUUGGAGUCGUCAAAGCAUAUACUACAAGAGUUGGUGAUGGGCCAUUUCCAACAGAGUUAUUUGAUGAUGUCGGUGAAAAGCUACAGACCAUUGGGAAUGAAGUUGGUGUUACAACUAAACGAAAGCGUCGCUGUGGAUGGUUGGAUAUCCCACUUUUGAAAUAUACAUCGAUGGUCAAUGGAUAUACUAAAAUUUGUUUGACCAAACUUGACAUACUAGAUACUUUUGAUGAAGUAAAAAUUGGAGUGGAGUAUCAGUUAAAUGGAAAAGCGCUCAAUUAUUAUCCAUCCAGUUUAUUUGAACUUUCAUCUGUUGAAGUUAAAUAUUUAACUUUGCCUGGUUGGAAAACUAAUAUUAGUGGCAUAAGACAUUUUGAUGAUCUGCCCGAGAAUGCAAGAAAAUUUGUGUUUACUAUCACAGAACUCCUUGAUGUACCAGUUAAAUGGGUUGGAGUUGGCCAAGGAAGAGAAUCAAUGAUUAAUGUUGAUUAUUGAUUUUUCUUUUUUAAAUAUUCAUUGAAUAAGCUUUAAUUUGAUCAAGUUAUUACUCAAGUUGGUAAAUGUUUAAAGCACAAAUUACAUUUGUAUGCUCUUAAAUUUUAAUUGUUGAAGUUAAUAAAAUUACUAUACAAUUCAAAUAUACUUCUUUUAAACUUUAACUUUUAUCAAACUAGUCAGACUAGUAACUUGGACCAGAUAAAUAAUACAGACAAUAAAAUCAGAAGUUAAUGUAUAUUUCAAAUUAUGAGUUAAG